GAAUCACUCAAUGCAACCCAGAAGUUAAUGCUGUUGGGCCCAUCUCCCAGAUGACCUUGGCAUCUCGUGCUCUGCUGUCUUCAUCUAGACUUCUAUAAUCCAUUUUGGAAGAAGACUAAAAAUGGAAAACAUGACCCUUCAGUCUCCACUUCUCAUCGGUGUUUUCCUGCUAAUCUUGGGCUCCUGUGAGUCCUUCACUGAAGCAAAUUAUUCUAGAAGCUAUCCUUGCGAUGAGAGAAAACAAAAUGCCUCUGUUAUUGCGGACUGCAACAAUCGUCGACUGCAAGAAGUUCCCCAAACAGUGGGCAGAUACGUGACAGAACUAGAACUGGCUGGUAAUUUAAUCACACGCAUAACAAAUGAAUCAUUUAAAGGGCUGCAAAAUCUUACUAAAAUAAAUCUAAACCACAAUGUAAAUCUACAGCACCAGAAUGAAAAUCCUGAUAUGAAUAAAAAUGGCAUGAACAUUACAGACGGGGCAUUCCUUAACCUAAAAAACCUAAGGGAGUUACUGCUUGAAGACAACCAGUUGCCAAGAAUACCUGCUGGCUUGCCAAGGUCUUUGAGAGGACUCAGUCUAAUUCAAAACAAUAUAACUUUGGUAACUAAAAAGACCACUUCAGGACUUAGGAACUUGGAACGUCUCUAUAUGGGCUGGAACUGCUAUUUUGGCAAUCACUGUAAAAAAACUUUUGACAUAGAAGAUGGAGCAUUUGAAAGGCUUACGAAUUUGAAGGUGCUAUCACUGUCUUUCAAUACUCUUGUCCACGUGCCACCAAAACUGCCAAACUCCCUAAGAGAACUUUAUCUUAGCAACACCAAGAUCAAAAACAUCAGUCAAGAAGACCUCAAGGGAUUGAGAAAUUUAAGAUUACUAGAUUUAAGUGGGAACUGUCCACGGUGCUUCAAUGCACCAUUUCCAUGCGAACCUUGUGAAGGGGGUGCUUCGAUUGAGAUACAUCAUCUUGCUUUUCAAACCCUGACCCAACUUCGCUACCUAAACCUCUCUAGUACUUCUCUCCGGGAGAUUCCUCCAAGCUGGUUUGAUAAUAUGCCUCAUCUGAAGGUGCUGCAUCUUGAAUUCAACUACUUAGUGCAAGAAAUAGCCACUGGGGCAUUUUUAAUGAAAUUGUCCUCCUUACAAACACUUGACUUAUCUUUUAACUAUGUAAAGACUGAAUAUCCACAAUAUAUUAAUAUUUCCCAAAACUUCUGUAAUCUUUCAUCUCUUCAGGUAUUGCAUUUAAAAGGUUAUGUGUUCCAGGAACUCAGAAAAGAAGAUUUCGAGCCCCUGAUGAAGCUCCCCAAAUUAAAAACCAUCAACCUGGGCAUUAACUUUAUUAAGCAAAUUGAUUUUACCCUUUUCCAACAUUUCCCCAACCUGACAACUAUUUAUUUGUCAGAAAACAGAAUAUCACCCUUGGUAAAUGAUAGGCAAAAUUUUGCAAACAGUCCUUCUUUCCAAAGUCAUAUCCUUAAACCACGCUCAGCAGAUAGCGAGUUUGACCCGCAUUUGAAUUUUUAUCAUACCACCAAUCCUUUAAUAAAGCCACAAUGCACCGCUUAUGGCAAAGCCUUAGAUUUAAGCUUGAACAGUAUUUUCUUUAUUGGGAAAAAGCAAUUUGAAGCAUUUCAUGACAUUGCCUGCUUGAAUCUGUCUUCAAAUGGCAAUGGUCAAGUGCUACAUGGAACUGAAUUUUCAGCCGUGCCUCAUGUAAAAUAUUUGGAUUUGACAAACAAUAAAUUAGACUUUGCUGAUGACAAUGCUCUCAGUGAACUGCCCAAUUUAGAAGUUCUGGAUCUCAGCUAUAAUUGCCAUUAUUUCAGAAUAGCAGGAGUAACACAUCGUCUAGGAUUUCUUCAAAAUUUAACACAGCUGAAAGUUUUAAACUUGAGCCACAACAGCAUUUAUACUUUAACAGAAUUUGAGCUGAAAAGCAUGUCUCUGGAAGAAUUAGCCUUCAGAGGAAACCGCCUCGACCUUUUGUGGCACACCGAAGACGACAGGUACUGGAAGCUUUUUAAAUUUCUCAGCAAUCUGACACGGCUUGACUUAUCCUUCAAUAACCUUCAGCGUAUCCCAAAUGAAGCAUUCCUUAACUUGCCCCAGAGCCUCACUGAACUAUACAUAAAUGAUAAUAAGUUAAAUUUCUUUAACUGGUCUUUACUCCAGCAGUUUCCUCAUCUCUGCUUGCUUGACUUAAGUCAAAACGAGCUCUCGACUUUAACUAAUAGCCUAUCUACAUUUACAAAUUCUCUUCAAACCCUGCUGCUGAGAAAAAACAGAAUUUCCCACCUGCCCUCUGGUUUUCUUUCUGAAGCCAGCAGUCUGCUACACCUCGAUUUAAGUUCCAAUCUGCUAAGGAUGAUCAAAAAAUCCACACUGCACACUAAGACUGCCACCAAUCUGGCUAUUUUGGAUCUAAGAGAAAAUCCUUUUGACUGUACCUGUGACAUUGGAGACUUUCGAAGAUGGAUGGAUGAAAAUCUGAACGUCACGAUUCCUAAAUUGAUAGACGCCGUCUGCGCCAGCCCUGGGGAUCAGAGAGGGAAGAGUAUUGUGAGUCUGGAGCUAACAGCUUGUGUUUCAGAUACCAUCGCGGCAAUCCUGUUUUCCUUCACAUUCUUUACCACCACCAUGGUUAUCCUGGUCGCCCUGGCACACCAUUUGUUUUACUGGGAUGUCUGGUUUAUCUACAAUAUGUGUUUAGCUAAGAUAAAAGGCUACAGGUCUCUUUCUACCUCCCAAACUUUCUAUGACGCUUACAUUUCUUAUGACACCAAAGAUGCCUCCGUUACCGACUGGGUGAUAAACGAUCUGCGCUUCCACCUAGAGGAGAGUGAAGGCAAAAACGUCCUCCUUUGCUUAGAGGAGAGGGAUUGGGACCCCGGACUAGCCAUCAUCGAUAACCUCAUGCAAAGCAUCAACCAAAGCAAAAAAACAAUAUUUGUGCUAACCAAAAAAUACGCAACCAACUGGAACUUUAAAACGGCUUUCUAUUUGGCCUUGCAGAGGUUAAUGGAUGAGAAUAUGGAUGUGAUCAUAUUUAUUUUGCUGGAGCCAGUGUUACAGCAUUCUCAGUAUUUGAGGCUGCGGCAAAGGAUCUGUAAAAGCUCCAUCCUCCGGUGGCCCGACAACCCCAAGGCAGAAGGCUUGUUUUGGCAAAGUCUGAAAAACAUGGUCUUAACUGAAAAUGAUUCCCGGUAUAACAAUUUGUAUGUUGAUUCUAUUAAGCAAUACUAACUGAUGUUUAAGUCAUGGUUCGACAGCAGAAUAAAAAUGCAGAGCCCUUACUCUUCUGUCUUAGUUAUCUCUUGAUGCCUAACAAACUGCCCCCAAACUUAGCGGCUUAAAAUGACAUACAUCGGGCAUCUCACAGUUUCUGGGGGUCAGGAAUCCAGGUGUGGCUUAGCUAGGCUCUCUGUGUCAGGGUGUCUCCCAGGCUGCAAUCUAGGUGGGAGCCGGGGCGGCGGGCUUCUCCUGGGAAGGAGCUCCUUCCUUCCAAGCUCGCGUUUGUCUGGUCUUGGUUAGGACGCGGUUCCACCUGGGUUGUUGGCCAAAGCCGCUGGCAGUUGUUUGCCACGUGGGCCUCUCCCCCAGGGCGGUUUGCUUUAGCAAAGUCAGCAAGAGAGUGAGCCUGCUAGCAAGAGGAAGUCACAACCUUUUGGAAUCUAAUCAUGGACAUGAUAUUCCAUCGCUUUUGCCAUAUUCUGUUUGAGACAAGGAAACCACAGGUCCCGCCCACAUUCGAAGGACGUGAUGCCUCAGGCCAGGGAAAUCAGGGGAGCGUCAAGAUAGCAGGUGCAAUCACUUCAGUCCAGGAAAAACAAUCUAUGCCAGAGAGGGCAGGCCGUGAUGGCCUCAGGCCAGGGAGAAUAGUCUCUGACCAAGGAGGGGGGGGGGGGCAGGAUGGGCCAGGUUCGCCUUAGGCCAGGGGAAAAAGUUGAUGACCAAGAUGGAGGGCAGUGAUUACCCCAGUCCGGGUAAAGCAGUCUUCUAGUCAUAUCGACUCAGUUUCAGGGAAAACAGUCCUCAGGCCAGGUAGGCCUGCAUUGCCACAGCCCAGAGAAAACACUCCAGGACCAAGAUGGCCGCCGGGAUUGUCUCAGGCCAGGGGAAACAGUCGAUGACCGAGGUGGCGGCCGAGAUCACCUCAGUCCAGGGAAAAUAGUCGAUGGCUGAGGUGGCAGCAGCGAUUGACUUAGUCCAGGGAAAACACUGUGAUUGAGAUGGCAGGCCGUGAUGUCCUCAGUCCAGGGAAAACAGUCUUCUGGUGGUGUCCACUCAGUUCAGGGAAACAGUCCUUAGGCCCUAUGGCCUAAUUUUAGGAAAAACGCCUUUGGGCACUGAGUGCCACAGACCAGAAAAAACACUUGAUUACCACGGCGAUGACCUCAGUCCAAGGAAAACAAAUCGAUAACCCAGAAAGAGGACUGUGAUUACCUCAGUUGGUCAUCAACUGUUUCCCCUGGACUAGGCACUCAUGCCCACCAACUCCGUCACAGAUUGUGAACACCAGGAAGCAGGCAUCCUUGGGGGCCUUCCUAGAAGUCUGCCUUCCACACCUUCUUUUUACUAUCUGAGAGCUUCUGCAAUUACAGAUGAUGGUUCUGAUGGUCAGUUGUUGUUGAGAUUUAUCAGAUCUCCAUGGCUUUGUGGUUUUAUUAGGCUUUGGUUGCAUUAGUCUUUCUUUUCCAAUUAAUUUUACAAAUAUCAUCUAUAAGAUUUGGCUUCUAAAGUCUAGAUGUCAUUUAAAAACUGAUAUAGAUAGAGUUUUUAUGUGUCUUCUACUUAACCAUUUUCCAAAAGGUAUGCAGCUAAAUUAAAAGCCUUUAGAAUAUUUGCCAAUUGCCGUUACUGAAAAACUUAAAAUGAAUUACUCAAAAUGCCACAUCUUGCAUGGUUAACGUAUGAUAAACAUACAGUAGGGUAAAAGAUCUAAAAUACAAAAGCAACUUUCAUCUACCCUAGAUUUUUUUGAAACUUCUUUUCAUUUUUAAUCUUUGGUAGAAAUGAAAAGGGAAGCAGUUUUCAUGAUGUUUUUACAUGAAGAUAAUUAUUCGUGCAGGAAUUAAUUCUAUCUUUACUUCCUACACAGAAGACAUAAAGUCAAGAUGUCUACCUAUUGGUACCCUUUAUGCAAUUUUCCCAAACGAAACUACUAUGCAUCCCCUGCCGCCUCUGUCAUUCCCUUGAUUCCUCUGCCACAGUCCACAGCACCCUCUAUCCAAUUCAGAGGAACCUUACAAACACUAUCUGAGAAGAAAUGGACAUUGCCCUAGCAUAAGAAAAUGAAGUCCCCUCAGAAGGAAAAGAAGAAAAACCUCCAAUACAUCUUCUUUCCUUAAAGUAUAGCCUCCCAGUUAAUCUUGCAUAAUGGAUUAUCUCUAAAAAAUGUGUUUCUAAAGGAACUGGGCAAAAUGGUGUGUCAUUGGGUUAUUUUAUAUAGAUAGAGUAGAAAUCAGCACGAGUUUACCAAAAAUGAUUUUAGUUUUGUUACAUCAAGCCCUGUUUUUUGACCACGAUGAAUUUAUAGAAGGAUAUUUAUGCUAGUACUUGCUGAGGCAUGUGGACAAAUAUCUAAAAAGCAUCAUCUAAAAGCAGGAUCAUUCCAUGAAGGGGCAUCUUAGAAAGGACAGUGGAGGGGUAGUUACAGCUCAUUCCUGUUGAUGCCACAUUAAUUUGUUGUCUUGUAUAAGUUCAUUCAUAUGUCCCCUGAUUGUUUGGUAAAAUGAAAACGUAGGGUUUUCAGUAGCAUAAGUAAUUAAGGAUCUAUGGUAAGCUCAUGUACUUUGGCAGUGUUCUGCUGACAGAAUCAAAAGUUAAUAAAAGUCACAAACAGUUUUACCUUUUCCCUGGCAGAUAUCUUCAUAGAGUGAGGAUAAGAAAAACCAGUGGUUAAUAAAAAUGUUUGUGAAACUUUCUCCUCAUUUAAGAUAUUAGCAUGGGAAACUUAGACUAUAACUUGUCAAAGAGAAAAUCAGUAUUGUUCUGUUUUCUAUUAUUAUUUUAAAAUGAAUAUUUGCAAAUACUUGCACAUAAUUUUUUAACUCAAAUCUUACAAGAGGAUUUACAAUGAAACUUAAAUCUCCCUCCCAACACAAUUUUGCUUCCUAGAGGCAAUCACCAUUAAAGAUUCUUGUGUAUCUUUCUGUACUAUAUGUGUAAAGGCUUACCUGCUAUAAUAAAGAGACUCAACAAUA